AUGACGCAAGAAAAUAUUGAAGAGAAAAAUGACGACGAGUUUAGAAUGGAGUCAACAAUUUCACUUGAUGGGGCCGGCGUGGAUGAGAAGGAGGAUUACAAUCCAUUUGAACACAGAAACAUAGCACAUCCUACAUCGACACUAGGCUCCUUCUUUCACUUGCUUAAAUCUUCACUGGGAUCGGGUUUACUAGCCAUGCCGGCAGCAUUCAAACAUUCUGGAAUUAUACCCGGCUGCAUUGGAACAUUUAUAGUGGCGGUGAUAGCUGCACAUUGUGUACAUAUAUUGGUGAAAACGUCACGGGACAUAUGCAAAGAAUGCCACGUAGGGUGUCUCAGCUAUACGGACACUUGCGUCAAGGUUUUCAAACACGGCCCUAAGAGUUUGAGGUCGUACACUGAAACCGUUAGGCACUUCGUUGAUUACGCCAUGGCCGGAGUUUGCCUCGGAGGGACCAGCGUUUACGUUAUAUUCAUCGCUUCUUCUUUGAAAAAUAUCUGCGACCAUUUCUUCCCUGAAAAUAAAUACGCUGUAGAAGUGUAUUGUGCUGCUUUAUUACUGCCACUGAUUCUUUUCACGCAAGUUAGACACCUAAAGUUCCUAGUACCCUUCUCGUUAUUUGCCAAUUUGUGCCUGCUCCUGACAUUCGCUGUGACGUGCUAUUACACUUUCGUUGAUAUACCAGAAAUGUCGAGUGUGAAACUUGUUACAAAUGUGGGACAAUGGCCAUUAUUUAUCAGUACAGCCAUCUUCGCAAUGGAAGGAAUCAACGUGGUAAUGCCAGUUGAAAAUGAAAUGUCCAAUCCAAACCACUUCUUGGGAUGUCCAGGAGUUUUAAACAUUACUAUGGGAUUAGUGGCCACUUUGUACGCAAUAGUCGGUCUUUUUGGCUACUUGAAGUAUGGAGAGGAUGUGCUAGGCAGUAUUACUUUGAAUCUACCCGAAGAUGAAGUUCUAGCAUUAACUACCAAAAUCUUAGUGGCCGUAGCAGUUUUCUUCACAUAUUUUCUGCAAAUGUAUGCACCCAUGGAUAUUAUGUGGACACGAAUAAAGGGCAGAGUCAGUCAGAGAUUCCAAAAUGAAGGACAGAUUUUGAUGAGAUCUUUGAGCGUUUUGCUCACAGUUAUAUUAGCUGUAGCAGUGCCGGACUUAGAGCUUUUGAUUGGUCUAGUGGGCGCCAUUUUCUUCUCAACACUAGGCUUGUUCAUACCAGUCAUAGUACAAACUGUUCACAGAUGGGAAAGGGGUCUGGGGAAAUGUUCCUAUAUUUUAUGGAAAAACAUCAUUUUGAUAUUUUUCUAUCUAGUUGUUUUAGUAUCUGGUUGUUAUUCUUCGAUUACAUCUAUAAUAUCUCGAUUUACU